UGACUCUUCUCGCCUGGCCGUCUUCCCCCACCCCUCUCUCUCUUUCUCGCUCUCCCUCAUCUCAUUGUUUCAGGAGGCCAAAUUGGAAGUCCUUUCCAGGGAGGGGCCCUGUUCAACUUGCUCUCCAGCCAAAGUGGAACAGAGUGAGAAGGAGAGCGACACAACCAGAGGACUCGGUGGGAAAGCGCAGAGAACCAUAAAGAAUAUGCUGCUGUUGGGACCCAAAGUGCUGCUGGUGCUCACUGCCCUCAUCAUCCCCUCUGGUUGGACACCCCUAGGGGUCAGUGGUCAACGAGGAGAUGAUGUGACUCCAGUAAUUCUAGAAACAUUCACGGAAGACCCUAAUCUGGUCGAUGAACCUGCUACAGAUGAAACAGCCUCGCUCAGUGAUAAAAAUACCACAGAGUGCCGAGAUGAGAAAUUCGCUUGCACAAGACUCUACUCCGUGCAUCGGCCAGUCAAGCAAUGCAUCCAUCAGUCAUGCUUCACCAGUUUACGGCGCAUGUACAUCAUCAACAAUGAGAUCUGCUCCCGUCUUGUCUGUAAAGAACAUGAAGCUAUGAAAGAUGAGCUUUGCCGACAGAUGGCUGGUCUACCGCCAAGGCGACUCCGCCGCUCCAACUACUUCCGCCUUCCUCCCUGUGAAAAUGGGAAUUUGCAGAGCCCCCGUGGCCUGUGAUCAUCAAGGAAGAGGAAACGAAGAAAGUGUGGGUGGGAGGGAGAGGAUGCUCCAGGAAGAGGGAAGCAUGGUCAGCCAACCCACAGACAUUCGCACUUCUUAAACCGAUCCCUUGGCAAUGUCUAGCUUUGGCCCCUACUUGAUUUUUCACCAAUUUAUCUCAUUUUUCAGUACUUAAAAUACAGUCUAUAUUAUUGCAUGGUUUUGCUGCUUCCCAAUAUCAUAGACCUAGUAAGAUAAAUGACGACCGAGUGGCUUACGUACAAACAUUCUACAUACAAUUUUGAGAAAAUAAAUAAAAAUAUUAUUAAAAA